UUGUGAUAUCACAAACUUCAUUACUAUUUUAAAUUGCCUCCAAAUUAGGAGGCUCUCAUUUCGAGUCACCGAGAUUUUAGAACGAAUCGAAAAUAUGCGUUAGGUUUUAAGUCAAAUCAAAAUCUUUCUUAAUAUUAUUAUCUAAUUAUUUUGAAUAAGAAAAAAUUGUUUUUGAAGAAAAAAGUUUCUAAUUAUUGAAGUAAAAGAUUUUUGGGGUAAGACCUUGAAUUCAAAUUUAGAGGCUGAAUUUGUCACUCCGUUUUUCUCAGAAUGUACGCGGUCGAACAACGCACAGGAUUCAUGAGAACGGGACUGAAUAAUUGUGGGGUAGCAUCAUCUGGUUACAGUGCGUACACCCUCAAGUCUAUGCGUACAGGAAAAGGCAGGAAGGGGAUCACAUUUGAACCUUCUGAUAAACGUGAUGGUUUGCAAAUCCGAAAAGAGCAAAGAAUAAAAACGGACGAUUAUCAAGAAGGACAAAAUGAUGAUUGCACUUUGAUGCCGGGUGAGUGGCCAGACAAGGAUAACCCAGAAUUUUGUCUUCCCAAUGUCGAUCGACACGGUCAAUCCGCAGGCGGCGGAGGAAAGGACGGGAUAGAGCCCCAUGGAGUCGCAGCGUCUGGUGAAUACGAACCCUAUAUGUUGCCGUUUAACAGCAUUUAUUACCCGGCGGGACCUUUCGGUCCACGAAUUCUGCUAUGCCCUUACGUUCCAUUGGGAUUAUCCAACAGUGGCGGCAAACGGUCUAAAAAAAGGAAAUCUUAAUGUUGACAAGCACCUGAAAAUAACCGGUAGUGACAGUCGUCUGUGGAAACCCUAGGCAAUGCUGGAGCCAAUUUUUAAUAAAGCGCGAAAU